AUGCGUCGUAAGUACACAAAAUAUUUAUAUAUCGCCGGCGUAUUGUUGGUAAUUGGUAACUUGCUGGGAUCAUGCGUGGUUUUUCUUCAAGUCAACGACACGACGCAUUUCUAUGUAGUCAAUCCAAUAUCAUACCUAAUACCCCAGAAGGACACCGUGUGUUAUAAAAAACGUACAGAAAAUACCAUUGAUAUCAUCGGAACGGAUUACUUCCCGCGGCCGUCCAUUUUUUUUCAUUCAACAUACUGUGACAAAAUACUGGACGAUCGUACAGCAUGUGCAAUAGAAUCAGCGGCCAGAUUGCAUCCACAGACACACAUUAAUCUUUUAUAUACUAGUCCAGUAGAAAAAAAGACUUGGAGCGAACUCUUGAAUGUAAUGGUUAAACUACCAAAUUUUCACAUGAUUGGUAUACAUGUUGAGAGCUAUGCUGAUGGCACGGAAUUCGAAAAGUUCUGGAAAAAUGUAGUGAUUCAUAAUAAGGUAGUAAAUUAUAAACUCGUGGCAGAAUACCUUAAAUUUCUAACUCUACAUAAAUUUGGUGGAACUGUUCUUGACUUAGAUGUCGUUGUUAAUAAACAAUUGGAUGAGUUGGGUGAAAACUGGGUGGUUAGGGAGGGAGAAAGUAUGCUGGGUACGGACGCUAUAGCUAUGUCAAAAAGUUAUUUUAAUCGCAACUUCACUGCUAUGGUCUUGAGGUGA